AGGGACUUGUAGUUUAACACCUAGGGGCAGAUCAUAGGUUUAAGCUCCCAUGUUAAAUGAAAGGAACUACUACUCCCAGAGGGCCACGGGCUCCUGGGCGGUGUCGGGUUUCCGUCGAGCGAUCUUUCUGAGAUUGCUUCUGAGUGAUCAGCGUGACUGGCCAGCAAGUUCAGGACACCCGGGCUUUGGUCCAGCUGGUGAUGAGAUGGGGACCGGCCAGUCUGUGUGCUUUCCAGCCAUCUCUGGACCCCACCCUGUUGGCUGCACAGAUGCGAUGGUGGGUCAGAGUCUUGAGGGGAGCCUCUUCCGACUCUUCUACCCCUGCCAAGCAUUGGAGGCAAAGUGCGAGCAGCCCCUGUGGAUUCCCCGCUAUGAAUACUGCUUGGGCCUGGCUGACUACCUGCAAUAUAACAAGCGCUGGGUCGGGUCGCUGUUCAACCUGGGUAUCGGAUCUUGUCGCUUGCCUGUUAGCUGGAACGGCCCCUUUAAGACGAAGGAAUCUGGAUACCCCUUGAUCAUCUUGUCCCAUGGCCUAGGAGGCUUCAGGGCGUUGUACUCGGCCUUCAGCAUGGAGCUGGCCUCCCGUGGCUUUGUAGUUGCUGUCCUGGAGCACAGGGACCAGUCAGCUUCGACCACCUACUUCUGCAAGCAGACCCCACCAGAGAGCCAGCCCACUGAAUCCCUGGAGGAGGAAUGGAUCCCCUUCCGUCGAAUCAAGGAAGGGGAGAAGGAAUUCCCCAUUAGGAAUCCCCAGGUGCACCAGCGGGCCAGAGAGUGCGUGCGGGUACUGCGGAUCUUGCAGGACGUCUCCGAUGGGAAGCCGGUCCUCAAUGUCUUUCCUGGUGGAUUGGACCUGAUGACCUUGAAGGGCAGCAUCGACAUGAGCCGCGUGGCUGUGAUGGGACACUCGUUUGGAGGCGCUACAGCUGUUCUUGCUUUGGCCCAGGAGGUCCAGUUUCGGUGUGCUGUGGCCCUGGAUGCUUGGAUGUUCCCUCUGGAACAUGACUUUUACCCCAAGGCCCGGGGCCCUGUGUUCUUCAUCAAUGCUGAGAAAUUCCAGACAGUGGAGACCAUCAACUUGAUGAAGAAGAUAUGUGCCCAGCAUGAACAGUCCAGGAUUGUGACUGUCCUGGGAGCUGUUCAUCGGAGCCAAACUGACUUUGCCUUCGUGACCGGCAACCUGAUUGCUAAAUUCUUUUCCAGCCACACUCGUGGGACCUUGGACCCUUACGAAGGUCAGGAGGUUAUGGUGCGGGCCAUUUUGGCCUUCCUGCAGAAGCACCUUGACCUGAAGGAGGACUAUGAUCAGUGGAGCAACUUCGUUGAAGGCAUCGGACCAGCGCUCAUCCCAGGGGCCCCACACUAUCUGUCCAGUCUCUAGCAACAGAUGGUCACUUGGAGGUCGCUCCAGCUGAGCUUCCAAUUAGGAGCUGCCCAUGGAUUCUUUUCACAGAUUGAGAGGAUGUAAUCAGACUGCUGAUUGGGCGACUGGGCCCUUUGCUCUUGGAAUCGUUGAUCUUAAACCCACCUCAGAACAGAGUGCAUCUCACUGACUGAUUGAGAAGCUGAAUUUAAUUUUUUUUCUUUUAGUCAAGGACUCAUAUCCCAGACUGGCUUUGAAUUUACUGUGUGAGGAUGACCCUCCUUCUAAGGGUCACUAUGCCUGGUCUUUAUUCAGUGCUGGGGAUCAAACCUGACUUGAGUUGAUGACUAUGAGGUACCCCCACUGCCCCCAUGCCCCACACUCCCCAACUGCCCCCACUGCCCCCACACCCCACACUCCCCAACUGCCCCCACUGCCCCCACAAACUCCACACCCAGUAUUUUUGGUGUCCAGGUGCUAAUCUCAAGGAAAUCCCAUGAAUCCAUGGUAGCUACUCUGACCUGACCUUACCGUGGUUUACCUGUAAAGGUCAGGCCACUAUAGUAAUUGAGCCACAUCCCCAGUCCUUGGCAAGCUAACUUUCUGAGGCUGAGCCAAGAGAAUAAGGCGCAGGGUGGGACUGGCAGAGACCGAGACCCAUGGAGCCUGAAUGUGAAGACUUGACUGGGUGAGCCAACUGCCUCAUCGGGGGCUAGUGUUGCCUCUUGAGUGCAAGCCAUGAUGCCAAAGGCCAGAAGGGGAACCUUAGGGCCUCCAGCCCUGCCUGGUAUUCUCCACCUGCCCCCUGGUGAGGUACAAACACUAGGUAACUCUCUGGUUUCCCACUGUAUGAGAAACAGUAAUGGGCACUUCGUUCUGUUAUACUUAGGAGCCCAUGUGGGCAAACAGUAUUGUCCUCAGAACACAGAGAAGGACAUAAACACAAAGGAGUCCCUCAGAAGCUAAGUGCCUUUGAGGUUUUGCAAAUAUAUCUUGUCAGGAAACACCCUCAGGAGGGACAGGUGUGCAAUAUUAAUGAAGCUGGGCCACCAUUUGCACAGGCCACAGAGAGCACUGGGUUGGCCAGCCCAACUUCGGGAAUGUUCCUAGAGGGGUCUGAGAUCAGCAUGGUCUUGCCUUUUCUCCUGUGCCAUGAACCCCCAACUAGCUCCAAAUAUGGGUGCUUUUGUCAUCUGGUGUUUUUAUUUGUGUAUUUUUUGAGGCCCAAAUUUAAGUCAAGAAAUAGAUCCACUCUGUCUCUAUCCUGCCCGUUGAAUACUGAUGCCCAAGUUUGCAAAUGACAUGUUGUAGUUCCCAGUCUGUUUAAUCUGCAAGCUGAGGAGCACUCCGGAAGAUGCUUCUCAUGGUUUUCCUUUAUUCACUAGUCAUGUGGGCCCACAUGGAAAAUCUUUGGGAAGAAGGGAAGUCUCCCCAGAGUCCCAAGCUCUGUGGGAAGGUCCACCUAGAACUGUAUCUCCACCAUACAAGGCAUGUCAUCCGAGUCCAAGGAGGGAACGCUGAAGUGUUGAGUUCAGAAGGGAAAUGCAUUUCUACACAGCAGUCCAAGGUUAGGGCCACCAAAGCAAGCCCGAGAGUCAGGAGACUCUCAGAGUCUGGGCUUUGCAGUCACACAGCUGAGCUUUGGGUCCUGGCUCCACCACUGCAGAAAUCGGGUCAAAUGAUGUCUUCCCAGCCUCAAGUCCUGCGUAUGUAAAGUGAGGGCCUGUCUUCCCACACAUGCACUUUCUAAUUGUCUGUAUAUUAAGUGUUUCCUAGUGAUAAUGGCCCAUAUGAUCUCCAUCCUUCAAGAUUUGUUGAGACGUGAUUGCUCGCCCACUUGAAGUCAACUCUGUAACUGUUUACUGUAUGAUUAAAAAGUCUAUCCUGA